AUCUCCCGUGGGGUCGAAGCAAGAAACUUUCCCCACAUUAGUCAACAAGUUUUGCUGAGCCGGCAAGCAUGGCAGCUAAACCAACUGGACAUUGUUCCAUCCUCCAUCGGGGACAUCUCUUCCUUGCAGCAUGGAUAUUCCUAAUAGCAACACUAUCCGGUGUGUCUGCCAACAAUGCGACGAAGAGUCGGCGUGUGCUUCUGAUGCUUACGCGACCAGAGAAACCGUUCGCGUUUACCAUGGAGGAGGGCGGCAAGACGGUGGUGACGGGUUUUGUGAAAGACUUGAUGCAGGAGUUGAGUGACAUACUUAACACGGAUGUUCAGAUCCAGCUAAUGCCAGAGGGCUCACAGGACAUACAGACUACAGACAUGCUCAAUCGCCUGGAACAGAGGAAAACCGACCUAAUUGGACCUUUGGAAAUCACGUUUGUCAACGAGAGAGUGGUUGAUUUCACCAAACCCAUCCUCACGUCUGGGAUAGUUCCAGUGGUGAAGAUACCGGCGGCCGCCGCCGGUGACGGGCGCUACAACUACUCAUGGCUGCCACUUCCGUCCGAGAUCUUCAUUAUCCUGAAGCCGUUCUGCGCAGGAGUGUGGCUAGUAACUCUCCUCUGCUUUGUCGCAGUCAGUCUUUUCCUGUAUGUGAUAAAUCGCUUCAACCCCAGAGAAAGACGGUACGAAAACGAGAUUUUUGGCGGAUAUGACGAUGACUUUGGUUUGGCAGGAAGUUUCCUCUUCGCUUUCAGCUGUUUGGUAUGGCAAGGGUAUCCAAGAGCACCAAGGUCAAUCAGCGGCCGUAUCCUGACUGCCUUCUGGUGGAUUUUCAUCGUCAUAUUCCUCAUGUGUUACACGGCCAAGCUGGUGUUCUAUUUGAAUCAGUUCCCCGUUGGCACCGCGCGAGGCAAUCUAGCAACGACUGGACAGGCAUCUUCUGACGAAAGCUUGGAAGAUUUGAUGAAAGAAGGCUACACUUUCGGAGUUGUGAAGAAUUCUCCAACGUACUACUUUUUCAGGCAAUCCAGAGUCCCAGCAUACGAGAAAGUUUGGUCCUUGAUGAAAGAUGCUCCGAACAAGUCUUUCGUGGAGACACCCGAUGACGGGUACAAGAAGACAAUGGAUGGGAACUUUGUCUUCUUGACAAACAGUUUGUCUGCUGACUACAUGACACAACGAGAACCGUGCAACUUGAUGACAGUCGGCGGUCUGCUGACAUCGCAAGGGAUCGGUCUCGCUGUGAGUACGGGCUCGCCACUCGGAAAUAAACUAAGUGAGGCGAUCCUGGAACUGAAGGAGUCAGGGACAAUCCAUAAGCUUUACAGGAAAUGGUGGAUCGACACAGGUUCCUGUCCAGGGAAGGCAGCGGCCGUGGGUGUGGCUGGGAUCUCGGCGGCUGUACGUCCACUGGAACUGUCGGAGUUCGGAGGGGCCUAUAUAUUACUCAUCAUUGGGGCCGUUUUGGCAGCCAUCGCGCUUCUGCUGGAAAUAUUAUUUGCUAGGAGGCAGAAAAAGAAGGCAACCAUUGUGAAGAAACCAGAAGACACAGUUAUUGUGGAGACGCCAGCCGAAACGGCGAAAGUGUGAACUUCCGGUUUAUGAAAACACGUUCUCUCCAGAGAGGAUGACAUGUUUACGCCAUGAAACCGCAUAGUUUUUUGUUUUUUUCAGGCAAGGCACCAUUUACUAUCUUUAGCUCCAUCUGUUAAACUCUGACUUAAGAUGUACCAUAAGCCGACUUCAUUGGUGCAUGCAGUAUGUUAAUGUUUUCAUGCAGUACAGUUUGUGUAUAUCUCAGCUAGAUUUCACCCAAUCACGCAUGUUACACAUGAACAUGUAGAA